AUGGAUAGUGCACAGAGGAAAGGGAAUCUGGUUUCAGUCUCUCCCUCACAGACACCGAGGUCUAGUGACAAAUCUAGCAGAGACCCCCGGUCUAACGACGGAAAUGGGCUCUCUAGUAAUAGGCAUGAUAAAGAUAAGGGGGUCAAUGUUCAGGUCAUCCUCCGAUGCAGGUGAGUUUCCAAAGACACAGGCAAUUUCCAAUACGUUAACAUAAUUUACUUAUGUAUCAGUUUAUUUUUUUGUAUUUUCUGUAUAUUCUCAACUAUUCCAGACCUUUGAGCGAGGAUGAAGCGAGGUUGAACACUCCAGUUGUCAUUUCUUGCAAUGAGCACAGGAGAGAAGUUUCUGCUGUUCAGAGCAUUGCUAAUAAAAUUAUAGACAGAACAUUUAACUUUGACAGGGUCUGAAUUUCUCUCCUCUUAGUACAUGCCGUUUCUUUCAUAUCAUCUUGAGGAUAUCUAAGCCCUGUUGGUGUGAAAAAUCCUUGGAUCCUUGCAGGUGUUCGGGCCAAGUUCUCAGCAGAAGGAUUUGUUUAAUUUAGCUAUUUCUCCAAUCGUGAACGAGGUACUUGAGGGCUAUAACUGCACCAUUUUUGCCUAUGGACAGACAGGCACCGGCAAAACCUACACAAUGGAAGGAGGAGGAAGAAAAGCAAAAGUAUUUUGCUCUCUUCAUUCCUUGUACUACGUAUUUUUAAAAUUUCUGUUUCUGCAACUUAUUGUAGCACUUUUUGGUAUUUCUGUAGAAUGGAGAGUUCCCAAAUGAUGCUGGUGUAAUUCCAAGAGCUGUCCGGCAAAUUUUUGACAUACUUGAGGCUCAAAAUGCUGAGUACAGCAUGAAGGUCACAUUUCUAGAGCUCUACAAUGAGGAAAUAACAGAUCUUUUGGCACCAGAUGAAGCAAAGUUCACGGAUGAUAAGACAAAGAAACCAAUAGCUCUCAUGGAGGACGGAAAGGGAGGUGUUUUUGUGAGGGGUCUGGAAGAAGAGAUUGUCUCCUCAGCUAAUGAGAUAUACAAAAUAUUGGAUAAAGGGUCGUCCAAAAGACGUACCGCUGAGACUUUGCUUAAUAAACAGAGCAGUCGAUCACAUUCCAUUUUUUCUAUUACAAUUCACAUCAAGGAAUAUACUCACGAAGGAGAAGAGAUGAUCAAAUGUGGAAAGCUUAAUCUUGUUGAUCUUGCUGGUUCCGAGAAUAUUUCACGCUCAGGAGCUAGAGAGGUAUUUUUAUGGUUUAUCCAUGGUGCAUUACAUAAAAUGAUACAGAACAUGUUUAUGGUUUAUCCAUGUCUGAGUUUUUACUUGUGGUCACUCAUGUAUUAAUUCUCAUUGUGCGAUGCUAAAGAACAAGAUCAAAAUAAAAUUAUGUAUAUCAGCAUAUCAGUCUAUGUUAUGGCCAAGGAUACAUAUGUCGAAACAAUUUGAUGGAAAAUGCUGACCGGAAUGAUAGCAGUUUUAGGGAGGAGACUGACAGUUAUUAUUGCAGGGCAGAGCACGGGAAGCUGGAGAGAUCAAUAAAAGCUUGCUUACACUCGGACGUGUCAUUAAUGCACUUGUUGAGCACUCUGGUCACGUUCCCUACAGGUUCUUGACAGUUCACUUUGACCACUGGUUUUCUUUUUCUGUUAAAGUUACAUAUUUUGUUUCUACAAGAACUUACAUGUUAGCUUGUUGUCGCAGGGAUAGUAAACUGACCAGAUUAUUGAGGGAUUCAUUGGGAGGGAAGACAAAGACAUGUAUAAUUGCCACUGUUUCACCUUCUAUCCACUGUUUGGAAGAGACUUUAAGCACUCUGGAUUAUGCACACCGGGCGAAAAAUAUCAAGAACAAGCCCGAGGUUAGUAUUUGUUUUUAUUUGUCCAAGAGUUGAUCUAUUUAAUUAUUGUGUGUGCGAAUAAACUAUCAUUACAUACCACAGAUACUACUGAAUAUUACUUUCUAUAUUUUCAGGUUAAUCAGAAGAUGCUGAAAUCAGCAAUGAUUAAAGAUCUCUGUUCCGAGAUUGACCGUCUCAAACAAGGUCAUUUCUCUACCAAAAAAUAAUAGAAAAAGGAUACUGAAGAAAGUUCGAAGCUGUCAUCUUCCAUUCAUUUUUCUCGCCUUGAUGUCAAAACAUUCUGAAUCAGGAAUUGCAUCAUGAAUUUUAAAUUUUUCUUCUGUCAUGUCAUAGAGUUGUCUUUGUAGUAUAUUUUACGCAAUAUUUUUUAGUUUUGCGUGUUGAUCAUUGGUAUGAAGCAAGUAACUGAAAUAAUUAUUUGAAUUGUUUACUAUAUUUCUUGGAAAUGCUGUAAAGAGUCUAUCACAGUUGUGAGGCUACCGCACUUAUUUCAUAAAUAUGGCUCCCUGUUAUGCUUUUUUUUAUUUAGGCAUUUGUAUGCUAAAUAUUUUUUUUUCCUUUGAUCAGAAGUAUAUGCUGCUAGAGAGAAGAACGGUAUCUAUAUACCCAGGGAUCGGUUCCUACAAGAAGAAGCUGAAAAAAAGGUUGCUUAAUUGUGGAUGCAUUUUCAAUCUUAGUUUGAUGAACAAACAUCACUGUUUUAUCUCUUUUUUAUCUGUUCAAGCAACUGGACAUUAGUUUUGUGUGCUUUUUUUUCAUUGAUGGGCUGUGAAACAGAGCACUUUGCAGAGUAACAGAAAAAGAGAUAACUGGGUACUUUUUUCUGUAUUAUUUAUUUCUUCAGGCUAUGACAGAGAGGAUUGAGCUUUUGGAACUUGACUUGGAUUCAAAAGAUAAGGUAUGCGUUGGGCUUCGAAAUUUUUGCUUACAGAUUCAGUCAAUGAAUAUGUUUCGUUAUGAUGUAUGCUUCGAACAGCAAUUAAUCGGGCUUCAAGAGCUUUAUAAUGCUCAACAGCUGUUGACUUCGGAACUAAGCAAUAAGCUCGAAAAGACCCAGGUAAGUGUUGCUUUUUGUUGAGAACCAGUAUAAUCCUCAAUAAUGUGAAUUGUAUGAAAUACCUUAUUGUCCGGUUAUUCAUUGCAGAAAAAACUUGAAGGUACAGAGCACGCUUUACUUGACCUUGAGGACAAAUAUAGGCAAGCAAAUCUCACAAUUAAAGAAAAAGAACAUUUGGUGUCCAAUCUCCUCAGAUCAGGUCAGUAUUUGGCAUCAUAUUCAUUUUUGGACAAAGCUAAUUGACAAUAUUUUCUCUGGCGUAGCAACCAGUUUCGAUAUAGCUAGAGGUUUACAUGAGUUAUUUUCAUGAAAGAAUAGAUCACCUGACUUCAAUUUAGAUUAUAUCCACGGUGGCUUCUCCGAUUUUGAGUGGCCCCAGUCAGAUGGAAAUUUUCCACGAUAAUGGACAUCACCUAGCUGAGGGAAAGAAUUAACCAUGUGACCAACUCCCAAUUGAAUCCUUUGCAAAUUGCUGAAACCAAUUCAAGAGGAUGGCCCAACAUAACCUUCCAUGCCCCUUGAUACUCAGAGUCUUUAAUCUUAUCUUUUUCGUGUAUUUCUCUAUGACCUUUCCUCCGUCCCUGCCCCCUCUUUGUCAUUCUUCCUCUGCAAAACGCAUAUAUAUUUUAGUUUCAAACCCAGCUAAGCUUCAAUAUUUUGGACCAAACUGAACUCUCAAUGUGGCUUGCUAAUUUUUAUACUUUUCAAUUUUUUAUGUAUUCUCCACUUCAAUGGAAAGCAUUUAUGUUCAUUCAUCUGAAAUUAGAAAGUGAACGAAGUCAACCAUGAAUGUGGUUGUCCACUGAGCCCCUGAUAUGAUCUUUUUUUAUCCACCUCCAGAAAAAGCGCUUCUCGACUGUGCCUUUGAGCUAAGAUCAGAUCUAGACAGUGCAGCAUCAGAUGUAUCUGGUUUGUUCGCUAAGAUUGGUGGGUUCCCUUUCUGUUGACUUAUUGCAGAUUAUACGUGUAUUUGUCUAUGAUCCCUGAUGACUGUCUGUCUGCAGAACGCAAAGAUAAGAUAGAGGAGGGAAAUAAGACCCUUGUUCAGAACUUCCAGUCUCAGUUAAAUCAGCAGUUGGAGUCCUUGCAUAAGACGGUUUCAGCUUCAGCAACGCAGCAGGAGAGCCAGCUGAGAGAAAUGGAGGAAGAUAUGCUGUCCUUUCUUUCCUCGAAAGCUGAGGUAUCUUGUUGCACAUAUCUUUGGAAAAUGAACAAGCUUGCAUUUAUUUAGACUUUUGCUGCCAUCUACUAUAGGCUGCUGAAGAAGUUCGAGGACGUGUAGGGAGGCUAAGAGCCAUGUAUGGCUCUGGGAUCAGCUUACUAGGUGAUUUAGUCGAUGAACUGGAUGGGAACUCCGAAGAAACUUUUGCUGAAGUUAAUUCGCAUGUAUCUGGUCACUUUUCUGCCCUUGAGGAUGUAAGUGUAUUCAGAAAAUAUAUUAGAUACCUCUUCGUGUUAGUUUUGUAUUUGUGACUCUUUGCUGUUCUGCAGUGGUUCAAAAGGAUUGCUUUGGAGGCAGACCAGUUGCUUAAUGAGCUUCAAAUUGGCCUUCACAGUCAGGAGGACAAGCUCUCUGCAUUCGCACUGCAGCUUCAUGCGGUGGGACAAUAGUUUUAGUUCAUGAUUCUAAUCUUGCUCGCAAACUAGCUUCCCUUUGCCUGUAUAACUAAGUGCUUGUUUCCGUGGCGUGAAUUACAGGGUUAUCUCAGGACUCUGGACAGCACACGAUCAAUUUCGAACAUCACCACAGAUUUCUUCCAAUCAUUGGAUGUCCAUGCAUCAAUUUUGAUUAAAAUUAUGGAAGAGACCCAAGCCUCUCAGGAUCAAAAACUGUCAGAACUUGAAAGGAAGUUUGAGGUAUCUCUUUUAAAAAUCUAAACUCCACUGUUUUAUAUGAUAUAUUUCCUCUCUCUUGAACAGUUUGUGUGUGCAGGAAUGUGCUGCUAAUGAGGAAAAACAACUGAUUGAAAAAAUGGCAGAUAUGCUAGCAAGCUCAAGUGCCAGAAAGAAAAAACUGGUAAAUAUUGUCUGGAAUAUCUUCCAUUUACAUGAACGUUUUGGCCCACUAUAUGUUUCUGAUUGCAACUCCCUUCUGAGAAAUAUAUGAAGUGGCUUCUCCGUUGUUGUCAGGUUCCUCAUCUCUGCCCUUUCCUCGUCCCCAUCCAUUUCUGAGAUCUACUACUGCGCAAAAAAUAAAACAGUGCUUUUUUAGAAUGGUGAUUUUGUGUUCUGAUACGAAAUGCGUGUGCAGUAAAACUCUACAGAUCCGUUUAAUAGGUUAUUAAAAUGAUGGUUUCAUCUGUUUUUUUUUCAAACCAAUGCACUCAUCCUGUGAACUAAUACUCUGAUCAUUCUCAUGUUUUUCUACGGCCAAGUAUGGUCAAUUAGUUCGACUUUGCUCAUUUCUUCAUUUCUGUCGUCUGAUGUUUUGUCAAGUGCCCAACUUCCACGGGCUUCUAGUUCAUCUGCGCCCAAUAUUUCGUGAUUUUUUUUUUUCCAUUCAGAAAAUAAACUAUGGGUAAAACAUAUUGAACUGUGCAGAUUGUGCAACAUGCAUACACAUGAGUCAUUUACAUUUCGCCCUUUCAGAAAUUAUGACUCUUCUUUGCCAUCUUUAGGUGCAAACAGCUGUUGACAGCCUCCGGGAGAGUGCUGUCGGCAGAAGCAGUAAACUACAGGAAGAGAUGGCAAUUGCUCGUGAUUUCACCUCCCGUGUUAAGGGGCAAUGGGGCGACUACGUGGAAGAAACCGAAAAAAAUUACCACGAGGACACUGCUUCAGUUGACCGUGAAAAGUCCAGCUUAGAGGAGGGCCUCAAAGUCUGGUAAAUAAACAGGAAAUUUGACCGAUUUUUUUCACUUGUCUGUUAUUAUCCAGUCUUAGCAUAAUCUGAAGCUGCACAUUAAUUCUGUUAUUAUCCCAUGUGAGACCCGCAGUAUGACAAGAGCAGUAAUGGGCUCAGAGCAAUGGAGAAAUGCCCAGGACUCAACUCUCAGCCUUGGCAAGGGAAUUGCAGAGUCGGUAGACUCCAUCGUCAGGUACAAUCUCUUGGGUUGCCUUUAGUCAUAUAAACCCUAGAUAUUUCUUAAUGUGUCUUCCGUUUUUAUAUACCAUGCAGGAAGGGAUUGGAAGUCAACCAUCAGCUUCGAGCGAGACUCUCCUCCUCCGCCUCAUCUGCGAUCGAGGAUGCCGAUGCCGGCUCCAAGGAUCUCCUCUCCUCCAUAGACAGUAAGAUAGACACCUUCCAUCGAGUUUACCCUAAAAUAAAGUGAAAACCUUGGGCUGUGGAUCGGUCCUCGCUCAUGAUAAGCUCCCAUCUGCAGGCAACCUCAAGCUGGAUCAUGAUGCAUGGGGGAACCUCAGCAAUCUGAUCGAUCCCUGUCGCAAUGAACUCAGAGAACUGAGAAGCGGGCAUCGUCACAGGGUGAUGGAAAUCACAGCAGAGGCCGGCAAAUGCCUCGAAGAAGAGUAUGCGGUAAUCCCUCGCGAAACACAAACCCUACUGAGCUUUUUGCUCUACGGUGGCGGUCCUCCUCAUUCAUCUGCUCGUCCUCUGUGCCAAGGUUGAUGAACCGUCGUGUGCCACUCCAAGGAGGCGGGACAUAACGCCGCCGAGCGUGGCAUCAAUCGAAGAACUGAGGACUCUGCCAUUUGAGGAACUGUUGAGAGAGUUCUGGGAAGGAAAGUCUGCCGUUAGGCUGGCCAAUGGAGAUGUGAAACAUCUCGGGCCCGGUGUAUACGACAACAGCCAAGGACAGGCGGCCAUGAGAGACUCCAGGCUUCCUCUCACCGCCCUCAAUUAG